AUGCUUCCGGGCCAUGAGGCCACCUCUUCUGAGAAGAGGGCCAGUAUUAGCCAUUACAAGUUCAUUAAGACCAUAGGCGAGGGCAGCUUUGCCAAGGUAAAGUUAGCCCUCCACAUCCCGACCGGGACAGAGGUGGCCGUUAAAGUCCUUGAGAAGAACCAACAGAGCUCCUCCAGCAUCAAGACACUUGCCCGGGAAGUCCACAGCCUGAAGGCGCUGCAGCACCCGAAUAUCGUCAAAUUGUUUGAGGUGAUUGACACCAAAGACAGGUUAUGCCUUGUGAUGGAGCACGUUACGGGAGGAGACAUGUAUGAUUUCUUAAGAAUCCACGGCCCCAUGACGGAAGAAGAGGCCCGAGGGAAAUUUCGACAACUAGUUUCCGCUCUCCACCACUGCCACCAGAGAGGCAUUGUCCACCGGGACCUGAAGCCGGAGAACAUUCUUCUCGACGACGACCUGAACAUAAAGCUGACAGACUUCGGUCUGAGCACUAUGUUCCUGGGCCGGAAGCUGACUAGCUGCUGCGGCACCCUCUCUUAUGUGGCCCCGGAGAUCUUGCGGGGCCUAGAAUACGACGGCCCCGCGGUCGAUGUCUGGAGCCUGGGUGUCGUCCUAUACGUCAUGGUCACUGGGUGCCUGCCUUUCCCGGGGGACGACAUAGGGACCGUGAAGCGGCGGGUCCUGACGAGGCGAGUCCAUCUUCCUUUAUUUUUAUCAGGUGAAUGUAGAAAUCUCCUGAGAAAACUGUUGACCGUCGAACCCAGCGAGAGAGCAACUCUAAAAGACAUCCUGAACGACGCGUGGGUGAAUGUGGGCCACGAGAAACUCAGGCCUCACAGGGAGCUGCCCUGUGACAACAUGGACCCCUCGGUGACAGAGGUAAUGGUGAGGGACCUGGGCUUUGAGUGGGGCAAGAUCCGGCCUUCAUUAAGGGCAAGAAAAUACGACCAGCUGAUGGCCACGUACCUCAUCUUGAAAUCCAAGCAACAGGAGGAGCAGGGCCCCCCGACUGUAAUCCCAACCGUUGGCCCCCAAUCUUUCCCAACCGGCGAGGGGCAGCUGCUCUCUGCAUCUCCACUGAGACGAAGUCACAGCGAACCUCUUCUUCCGACCUGGUUCCACAAAGAAGAUCAGCGGCCCGAGGAGAAGCAGGAGUCAGGGCUGAAGGCCAAAGAGCCCGCCAGUGCCCUCCCCAGCCUGGAGUCGAGGACCGCCAGCCCCAGCCCAACCCCUUCGAGGAGCCCUGGGGCCUGCCCCCGCACCCACAGCACCAGCAACGGGACUGGAGCCCCAGAGGACACCCACUGCCCCCAGGGUGUAUCCUACAACAGAAACUCCCCCAACGCCGGGCAGCCUGAUGGGGAGACCCCAGCCUCUCCCUCGGGCCCCAGCCAGGGCUGGCGGGGCGCCGCUGGGAGAUUCAUAAACUUUAUAAGUCGCUUCUGUUUUUGUCUGCCCAGCAAGAAGAAGCACGUCAAACUCAACCAAGUGAAGCCGCUUUAA